CUUCACUUAGCUAAUGUUUUAACAUUACGAUGCGUUCUUUUAUCUGCUGUUCCUGUGAAGAUUGAACAUAUUUAAUUCUCAGCAAGUCAAACUGACAUGGAAACGAUUUACGCCCGAGUUUUAUCUGGCAACGCUAUAAUGAUGGUGCGCCAUCAUCAGUCCAGGAACUUCUCAUGCCGCCUUAAGUGUUUUCUGGCAGAUAUGAAUACAUCUUGCCUCGGCUUCGUCAGAAACUCAGAAAUCGUAAUACCUGAACCUUUAAGAGCCGUGUUUGAAUUCAACACAGCAUAUCUGCUCUGUAAACCAGUAAAAAAGACAAGUACGGGCCUGGGCUUACCUAUCUUCGUGCCUAAACGAUGACAAACAUCAACAAACAUGUGAUCAAUACUGGUUAACUUCAAUUGUUCUCUAAGUAUUGAGUUGUCUUCAGGGAUGCCAUGAAAUAGAAGAAUCUUUUCUGCGGGAGUCUGCUUCAUGGUUGUCAAACCCCAGAAGAAGAAGUUUUGAUUGCUGUUGCAGCAUUGAUAGAGAAUUGCAUGCCACCAGGGGCCAAUGGAGCAAGAUCAUUAAAAUGGUUCACGUUACCUGUGGGUUUUGCUCCAGAUUGUUGUGUUAGUGCUUUGUUAAAAAGGUUCAUUCUCUCUUCAACCAUUUCUGCAAUGUCAUCCUCGGCUUUUGAUUGCUGACUGUGUAAAUCCAUUAUUAUUGUUAUUUGAUGAUGAAAGUGAGGGGAAACAACUGUGCCAGAUGAUGCAGGUCCAACAUGGUAUCCAUUUUUUGGUUGCAACGGUCUUAUAAGCAGUAGAAUGAGCAAGCACGGAUCGCAAUGGAAAGUAUUAUCAGAAAUGGCAAAGGAGUACUCUACAAAUAUCCUCGGCUUAAAACUUGGCAGUGAAUUGGUUGUUGUUGUGUACGGACAGAAGAACAUACGGCUUAUUUCAACUGAGAAAGAAUUCGAUGCUCGUCCCGACAGCUUCUUUUUGAGACUUAGAACUUUAGGAAAACGUACAGGUAUAACAUUUGUCGAUGGACCGCUAUGGCGGGAGCACAGACCUUUUGCAUUGAAGCAUUUGAGGAACUGCGGUUUCGGAAAGCCCAUAAUGGAUGUCGAAAUUCAGGAACAGCUAAGCAAUUUAUUGAUUCGUCUGGAGAAAUGCAACGGAAAUCCCGUAAACAUUAAAAACUAUAUCGCCAUGGCAUUGCUAAACCUAUUAUGGAAGUACAUAGCGGGUGAGCAAAUAGGAGAGGAAAAGUUGAAACAACUGCUACACUACAUGAGUGCGCGCGUGAAAGCUUUCACAAUGGCCGGCGGGUAUCUGAACCAGUGGCCUUGGCUGAGAUUCAUCUUACCCAAAUGGAGUGGUUAUUCAAUUAUAAUGCAACUGAAUAACCAGAUGCUAGAUAUCAUCCAGGAUUCCAUAACAAAACACAAGAACAACGCCGUUGAAGGAAAUGAUUUUAUGUAUUCAUUCCUAAAAGAAAUGUACGGCAAUAAUCAUCUUUACACGGAAGAUCAACUUAUAGGCAUAUGUCUAGACAUCAUCAUAGCCGGAUCGAAUACUGGCAGUAGUACGAUGGAUUUCGCAAUCAUCAUGCUCCUUCGUUAUCCAGAAAUACAAGAAAAAGUAUAUGAGGAGAUAAAACACGUCUUGGGCGACAAAUUGCCUAGUUGGCCUGAUGGCGGAAGACUCGUCUACACAACGGCCUUUAUCUACGAAGUUCAUAGAUACUGUACAAUAGCCCCGUUUGCUGGCGGAAGAAGAGCGUUAGCCGACGUCAAAGUGGACGGUUUCGUGAUUCCGAAAGGCGCCACUGUCCUCGUCUCUUUAGGGGACUUACAUAUAGAUUCGGAUAUAUGGGUCGAGCCGGAUAAGUUCAUGCCAGAAAGAUUUAUUGACGAAAGCGGCGAAUUGAAGACGACCACGAAUUUGUAUGCAUUUGGCAUAGGUCGCAGACGGUGUCUAGGCGAACCACUUGCCAAAGCUUUCGUAUUUAUAACGCUGGUGGGGAUCCUUCAGAAGUACAAAAUAGUAUGUAACGGCCAGCCACCUUGUUCAGAACCAAUAAUAGGCAUACUAGCAGAACCAAGACACUUUACCGCAAAGUAUGUGAAGAGACUAUCAUGAAUAUUAGAAUAGUCAGACCAAUGUUAUCAUGUUAAUGAGAAAGUAAAGCGAC